AUGGACACCGAGCAAACCACUGCUUCAGAAUUAGUCGACCAGACUACUGACUGGAAUGUGAAGGAGGAGAAAUCAAAGCAGGACCAUCAGCAAUCCGACAAGAAAUCAAAGUCGAAACCAGCCAAAGGUUCACAAGAUGCAAAAGGCUCAAAUCAGAAACGACCGCAACAACAAUCAACGAAGCAGAGGGGAUUUCCCAGAGACUCGCCGCAAGUGCGUUUGUCUAAGACUGUAUCAUGGCUGCUUAGGCACGGUGCAGUAAGCGAGGGGCUCUCUAUGAGACCAGACGGGUAUGUGAAGGUUACGGAUCUGCUAGCCAACUCGCGGCUGAAAGAGUUGACACUGGAAGCGUUAAAGGACCUUGUAGAAAAGGAUGCGAAGAGCAGGUACCAUCUAAUGUCUGAUGAUGACAAAGUUUGGUGGAUUCGAGCCAAUCAGGGACAUUCCAUGAAAGAAGUGAAGCUUGAUCUGCAGCCUAUUCUAGCGAUCAGCGAUAUCCCUACUAGGAUAGCCGUGCAUGGAACGAGUCUCCGAGCAUGGAAGCAAAUUGCCGAAGAAGGCCUAUCAAAGAUGAAGCGCAACCAUAUACAUCUUGCGCAGGGCCUCGUUGACGAAGGCGUUGUCAGUGGAAUGCGAAAGUCUUCAGAAAUAUUGAUCCUCAUCGACGUCGAGAAAGCGCUCGGCGAUGGAAUCAAAUUCUUCCUCUCAGCGAAUGGCGUCGUUCUCACCGAAGGAGACGAGCGAGGGUUCCUGGAUCCAAAGUAUUUCAAACGGGUGACGAAUGGUAAACGGGAACCGUUGCCUGGUUGGGAAGGGUCUUCCGCUGAAGGUAAGGGAAACAGCAUAACAGUUGGGUUACCUACGACCGUCGCUAUUGUUGGGUCCACCGCUUGUAUAAUCAACUGA